CAAAUUUAUUUGAUUUAAUUAUUAUUGAAGAAAAAGAACAGAAUGAAUUAGAAAAUUUAUAUGAUAUAGAUAACAAUAGAGAUGUAUUAUCAGAUGAAAUAGAAUUAGAUCCUCAAUUUAUUUUAUAUAUCUAUAGUAGUAGUAUUGAUUUCACCAACAAUGAUGUUAAAACAAAUGUUGCGACUUUAAUUGCGGCUGAUGAACUGUGCCUUAACAAUCUGUGUGAUUCUAUUGAAAAUUAUCUUCUGGACAAUAAAGAAUCAUUAAAGAAGAAUUUUAUUCUCAUACAAAAUGUUGUAUCUCAAAUUACUCAAUUGAAUAAAUUAAACCGAUUCUGUAAGAUAGUUACUCGAAAUGAUGCCUUCAUAAUCUUCAAAGCUGAUGAUUUCACAACAAUGAAACAAGAAAUUCUUAUUGAUCUACUUGAGAAAAACAAAAAAAAGUAUUCUGAGAAUUCUAUUUUAAUUUGGGAUAAAUUAAUGGAAUGGAUUAUUGCGCAAUCUGAUGAUGAAUUACCGUUGGAUACUACAAAAUGGACUCUCGACGAAAUCUCAACAUUUAGAACAAUGAUUCGACCAUUUUUGCCGCUUAUAAAUUUUGAAACAAUUAGUCCCAAAGAUUUCUUUCAGAAAAUCAAACCAUUCAAGAAUUGUUUUGACCAUGAUUUCUAUAUUCAAAUUCUUGAAUAUUAUUCAUUUAGUAACAAUGACGUAACAGUAAUUCAUUCAAAAUCAAGUUUAGAUUCUAAGGUUAUUAAUUCUAAAAAAGGUUCCUUAUCUCGUAAUUCAAUCAAAUCAAAGAAACAAGAUAGACUUGAUCAAAUUAACUGA